UGAUCUUUUCAGUCUAGUUGUAAACAUCCAAAGGGAAGUUUUUGAUCUUGUCCUCUCUUGUUAAUUUGGAAACUGUCCAGGAGGAAUCUUCCCCAUUACCAGGUUUUGUUUAAUAUUUGGCUUUGCUUUCUUCUUCAUUAUUCAAGCUGUUGCAUAACAAAGUCUGAGCAUCCAUCUAUGUUUUUAAAAAAAUGAGAUAAAAAGGAAAAUCAGUAGUGGAGAGUGCUUUUAUAGAAAUAGAUUUUAGGUGAUGAGCAGCAGGUAACCUGUGAAUAGCACUUGGUCUAAGAGCAAGAGAAGAGGAACUGCCUUGAGGCCAAGUCAUGGGUGCAAAUCCUUUUGGAGAAGAGAAGCCACAUACAACUUUAACAUGCAUACGGAGCAGAGGGACUUGGCAUCCCUUACAGACUUGUCAAACCAUGGGGUGAUCUGGAAGGAGUGCUCAGCAAAUGAAUUUGGGGAUGCCUUUGAGGUUGUACUAAUGAUCUAUUCUUUGCAUACCCCUCAAAGACCCCCAUACUGUAGCCAUGCCCAGAUGCUUCUGUGACUUAAGCAGAGCUGCACUUGCAGCAUGUCAGGGUGCUGAGCUCCUGGAGCAAGCGCAGUCAGCAUCUGGAACCUGUCCUCAAAAGCAAAGCUACUCCCUCAAACUUGAUGCCAAAGAUGGGAGGAUCUACAAUGAACAGAAUUUCUUCCAGAGAGCUGCAAAGGCAGGCACAGUGGAGAAGUGGAAGAAGUGGCAUUCUGUGCCACUGCUGGGCAUCCCCAACUGCGUUGGCUUUGGACUGCAUGCAGACAGCUACAGGUUUUUGGUGUUCUCUGACUUGGGGCGAUCUCUUCAGUCGGUCCUGAGUGAUGGCCUGCACCUGCUGAGGGAGAAGGCAGCUUUUCAGAUUGCAAUUCGUGUGCUAGACUGCCUGGAAUACAUUCAUGAGAAUGAGUAUGUGCAUGGGGACAUCACUGCUGAGAACAUCUAUUUGAACCCAGCAGACCUCACACAGGUGACCCUCGCUGGCUACGGCUUCGCAUUCCGGUACUGCCCCGGGGGGAAGCACGUGGCUCGGCGUGAGGGCAGCAGGACCCCUCACGAGGGCACCGUGGAGUUCAUCAGCCUGGACAGCCACAAGGGCACAGGACCAUCUCGACGGAGUGACUUGGAAUCUCUGGGCUACUGUCUUCUGAAAUGGCUCUGUGGCAUUUUGCCUUGGUCUGAUGAGCUGGACAAAGUAAAAGCUGUGGUAGAACAGAAAGAAAGGUACAGAAAGGAUGUGAGAUGCCUUCUCCAACUGUGCUUCAGGCAGAGAUCCAUUCCAGAUGCCCUGGAGAGCUACCUGGAGCAGGUGAUGGCACUGGAGUACGAGGAGAAGCCUGACUAUGCAGCCCUGCGGCAGCUCUUUGGGAAACCACUGGAAAAGAUGAAAUCUUCAGCUUAUGACUCCGUGGAUGUCCGAGUGGUGCCCUGAGAUCAAGGUUGAGUUGAGAACUUUCUACAGUGAGGCCUUUGCCAGAUAUAUUUUCACUUUUACCAGUUUUAGAAUGAGAGAAGUUUUUAUAAGUUUUCUUCCCAUGUUAAUGUGAUCCAGUGCUGAAGUCUGGGCUGCUGCUGUACCAUGUUAAUGUGAAGACAUUCCUGCAUGGCAGAUCAGGGGAAGCAGUAGCUGGGGAACUGCAGUGGAGCCACUGUGAGCCAGGAAGCUAAAUCAGGGAUUUUAUUGUCUCUUUUGAACAAGAGCAGCAGUACAUGUUUUGUAAUAAACUUUGUGGACAAGUA